AGCUAAGCUACCCAUUGUUCUGAGGAGAGAGAAGAAUCGGCCAUUUUAUUACUUUUGGCGAAUUAAAUGAAAUGGGAAAAGCUCGGUACUUGAACGAUGACAUAUUCUUCAAUGUGCUAUCUCAGUUGCCUACAAAGAUUUUGGUUGGAUUGAAAUGUGUCUCUAAAGGAUGGAAGAGCCUAAUUUCCGAUCGUCGUUUCAUCCAGGCUCAGUUAAGAAAGACAGAACUCACUGUGUCUGGAUUCAUCUUCCAAGAGAAGUUCCAGUGGUAUGAGGAGGACAUCAAGACUGUCAGUUACAUUCCGGUCGGAAAGGAAAGUUUCGAAGUGAAGCAGAGUGUCUUUGAUUUCCUUCCCGAGGAUAUCGUUGUGUUGGCGUCGUGCGACGGUCUCGUUUGUUGCAGGAGUUGCUUCCCUACUGAAGAUCCAGCCAUCUACAUUUGCAAUCCCGUGAACAAGGAAUUCGUUACGUUGAGAUGCGCGGGACUCGACAGAGAUAGCAGUGUAGCCUUGGCAUUUGAUCCAUCUCAAGAGCUCGUGGACACUAGUACAAAUUUCAAAGUGGUGAGGGCUCAGCAAUUUGAGAUUGAAGAAGGAGAGGAGGACUUGUACUUCACAUUCGAAAUAUACUCUUCAAAAGCAGGGGAAUGGAGGAAAUCAAAUGAGAUUUGCAAAUGCAAUACGAGUUUGUCAAAAAACAAGGGCAUUUACAUUGGAGGGAUAUUGCACUGGCUAACAGACGGCGAUAACAUCCUCACAUUUGAUUCAGAAAAGGAGCUAUCUUGGUUGAUCUCCGUACCGGUUCCAGCUUCGGAGUUCAAGAGCAUUCCUCAGGCGUGCAUCGGAGAAUCCGACGGUCGACUUCAUUAUGUCAUGAUCUCUGAAGAAGGGCUCCAUUUGUGGUGUCUUGAGGAUUACUUCGAAAGCAAAUGGGCACUCAAGUACUCGAAACCGCUGAGGACGAUGGAGAAAGAGCAUCCGCGGUUGCUAUGCAACUUACAUGAGAGAGUGAUGAGCGUUUACGACACCGAAACGCCAUGGGUGAAUCCCUUGGCUUUUAAGGAUGGGCUGUUGUUAAUGAUAGUUUCUGCAAAGAUCUACUUAUAUCACUUUGAGACAAGUAAGAUGCAGGUGGUUUGCGAGGCUUUCAAGUUGGGUUCGAGCUCCAUCUUUUUUCCAACGGUACUUCCUUACUCCAUGAGUUUGGUUCCUCUCCUCUCAACCGUUGAUGAUAGUGUAGCUGGCAAUAAACUAACUAACUAACUAACUAACAGAAACACAACAAUUUGGCUAAGUUUGAGGACUUUUGGGAAUUUAGAGUGCUUUAGUAUUAGUCAUCUUUCUAGAAACUUCUUUGAAUGUUUGCUCCUGAGAUGUUUUUGGUGAUGUAAAAACUGAUAUGAAAUUUAGCAUGCUAAGCAAAGGAAUUAUUAUUUACAUUCUACUUGUUUGGGUGCUGCUAAUACUUUUUUAGGAACUCUAGUGGAUAAAUUAGACAGCAAUCCGCUCCAGUUGAAG